UCAUGUUCUAGUUUGGUUUCACACGUGCUAAACAUUCGUCAUUAGCCUUAUUUUUCACUGGAAUCAUUCAAAUUACGACUUAUUUUACCGCGUGAAAGGGCGGCUCGACUGCUUGAAUGACAACGGUUUCUGUAUUCGACUUGGCUAGUCGUCAUGAUGAAAUGUUAGCUCACUAAAAGUUUACACCUUGAAAAAUCACAUGAAAAGGGUAAUGUAGUUUCGUAGCAAAUUGAAACAAAGUGUAGAAAUAGGUUACAGUAGAUUCAUUGAUGAAAAGAACCGUUGGAUGAUAUACAUGUUAAUUAUUGCCGUGAAGAUACAAUAAUAAGUCGAUUUUUGGAAAUAUGGCUGUCUUAUCACAUGAUGGAAUACAUUCUAGAAGUGAAAAGGAUAGUUAGAGUUGAAAAGAUGUUCGGCGAUAACGAGAUGAUGAUAAUAAUUAACAGUAAAUAAAUUCAAUUUUAAAACCUUUAUAUGAAGGACGAUCCGCUUGCGUCUUCUGAAUAAGAGUACGAAUUCGAUACGAAUGUUAUGUAAUAGUAUCUUCUGCGCCCACGCCAAUGAUUUUCGGCAAAAGAAUCUCCAUGGAUGAACAAUGAACAAACCCUGUAACAUUAGAAUAAUCCUCCUUGGAUAGGUUCAUGGAAUUGAUGGUAGUGUGUUAUAGGUGGUUGAGAAUUUAAGAUGGCCUGUCUUACAUAUAUUUUGGAAGACUUGGACUACUAUUGUACUGCUCAUCAGACCUUCCUUCGCUACGCCAAAAAAUGUGGGCCAGUUGGAAAUUGGAGCGAAGAGGCGUUCAAAGAAGAGGUCGUUCAAAGGCUUUCUGACAUGAUUACACCGAAGGAACCUCUGCGUGUCCUUAGCAUUGGAAGCGGAGCAGCUCGCGUUGAAAUAUGUAACGUCUUCAUGGCCAAGUGCAAGAAGUCCAUAAGAGGAGAUGUCGACUGCAAGAUGUUAUCAAAACUUUUGCCCUAUUUUCCCGAGAUCCACAACACCAUCCUCGAACCGUCCAAGUCCCAGCUAAAACUAUUCAAAGAACGCGUAAAGGAACACGAAGGUGACCUACCUCACGUGACCUUUACAUGGAGGAACGACACCAUUGACAACUUUGUUGAAGAGUUGGAUUCUGACGAUAUGGGUGGCAGCGAUGAAGGUUUUCAUCUCAUUCAUCUUGUGCAUUCUAUUUAUUACACUGACGAUCUCAGCAGAACGCUCCGUGUGCUCUAUCACGCUUUGAAAGAAGGGGGUACGUUAUUCAUAGCAGUCCUGCCAGAUGAUUGUAUAUGGUACAAGUUAGCUGACAUCCAAAUCAAACACGGGGCCUUCCGUCCAAUUCCCUUGACGCACGGAGACGUACUGACGUCUCUCAAGCAGUUGAGACUGCCUUACACGAUCAAGAGAGGUACAUGGCACGUCCCAUCGUCUCAAUGCUUCGACGAAAACUCCAAAGAUGGACGCCAUCUCCUGGACUUCUUUACCCAUACAAAGAACUUCAGAGGAACUGCUUCUCGGGAUGUCCUGGAAGAGGUCCUUACGUACCUAGAGUCGAGUUCAACUACUCAAGCUGAUGGUGAGACAAUGACCUUCAGGGAAUGGGUCCACAUCACGGUCGUAAAAGAGGAAAAUCAUAAAUAUAUCGAUGACAGUAAUAAAAGUAAUGAUUAUAAUGAUAAUGACAAUAGCAUGUAACGGUAAGCUGACUCGAUUGAGCCAGAAGGGAAGAUAAUAUAAAGAAUCUCUAUUAGUCGUGUUAAUCUAUUAUAAAUUUACUAAUGUUGUUACUACUGUUUUUUAACGCCGGGUUGGCAGUUCAAUUUGGCAAACAGCUUGCAAUAUGCGCCUUGCGGUUCAACAAAAACUAUUCUAGAUCAAAAGACAAAGUACCGCUGGCGUAAAGAUGGAGGGGGGGGGGGUUGGCUUGGGGCCGUGGAAUGUAUCCGCAGUUUAUAUAUUUAUUGAUUGAUAUGUACAUCAUUUCAACGUUGGAUAACAUUCAUAUUGGUAUAAUCAUUAAUAACAUGAGUGGAGCAUGAUAAGCUCUAAGAGCUUGAGAACGAUGUUACAAGAAAAAUACAUGAAUUAUAUAUUGGCUAAAAGAAUACAUUAAAUGAUGCGAACAUCAAAUAAGAAGUCAGGGAAGAGCAAGAGC